AUGUAUGGCUACUCAUCGUCGUCCGAAUCGGACGAUUACUACAACUACCGCAAGCACAAAGGCGCCGCCCCCGCGCCAGCCAACCCCAACGAUGCCAACAAGAAAAAGAAGAAGCGCAAGGCGCCGCCGCAGUACAGUAUCAACCGGAUCUGGAAGCGUUUUAGCAAUAAGCGGUUUAACAAGGCGCUGUCGGUACUGCCCUUCGAUCCGGUUCUGCCACCCACCAUCUCGGACCGUUCAAACGAGUUGCUGAGUGCCGGGUAUGAGCGCGCCGCAGAGGAAUGUCGGCGCAAGGUCCGGAAGAUUAUUCAAGAAUGCCGGAGGGUGAACACGCGGUACCGGGACCCCGGUUGGGACUUGGACUGGGACCUUAAGAUGGAAAAAGGUCAUACGCUCAACAUACUUGGACGAACCAAAUUCGACCUCAGCAUGUCGAGCAUGCUGAACCCGGGCUCCAUUGUGCCCAAGGCGGUCAAGCGAGUACACGAGAUCUACGAGAAGCCGAAAUUCUUGGGGAACAUCAGUGGGUCCGACGUCAAGCAGGGCAACAUCGGGGACUGCUGGUUGAUGUCUAGUCUCUCCGGCCUCGCGAAUGUUAAGGAUGGCAUUCAUCGCAUCUGCGUCGAGCACGAUACUCGGAUCGGAAUUUAUGGAUUUGUCUUUUACCGAGACGGAGAAUGGAUUUACUCUAUUGUGGACGAUAAGCUGUUUCUCAAGUCCCCCUGCUGGGAUUCGCCGAGCUUACAGCGCGACCUCUUGCAACAGAUCGACCGGGAAGAUGUCGAGCGGGUGUAUCGCAAGACAUACCAAACGGGCUCCAAGGCGCUGUUCUUCGGGCAGUGCAAGGACCAAAACGAGACUUGGGUACCUCUCUUCGAGAAGGCUUACGCUAAAGCCCACGGUGACUAUGCAUCACUUGGGGGUGGCUGGAUCGGUGAAGGACUGGAAGAUCUCUCUGGUGGCGUCACGACGGAGCUCCUUGCUUCCGACAUCCUCGAUAUUGAUGGGUUCUGGGACAAUGAGCUCAGCAAGGUCAACGAGGAGUUCCUCUUUGGCUGCAGCACCGGUCUCUUGGAUGGCGGGUACGGCCAGCGAGAUGGAAUCGAGGAAGGCCAUGCAUACGUUGUGAUGGAAGCGCGGACGCUCAAGGACGGCACCCGGCUGGUUAAACUCAGGAACCCCUGGGGCACGACCAAGAAGGGCAUUUGGGAAGGUGCCUGGUCGGACGGUUCGAAGGAGUGGACGACCGAGGUGCAGGAAGAACUUGGCCACCAGUUUGGGAGCGACAGCGUCUUCUGGAUUUCAUACGACGACAUGUUGCGGAAGUACCAGCACUUUGACCGCACGCGCUUGUUCCGCGACCCUGACUGGCGCUGCUGCCAGCGAUGGAUUGGUGUUGACGUCGAGUGGAAGCCGCAGUACCAUGAAAAGUUCCACAUCAAGCUGACGCGCGAGGGGCCGUUGGUCAUCGUGCUCAGCCAGCUGGAUAACCGGUAUUUCAAGGGUCUCCACGGCCAGUAUUACUUCCGGCUACACUUCCGCAUCCACGAGCAAGACCGCCCGGACCCAGAGGAUUACAUUGUCCGCAGCCACGGCAACUACCUGAUGAGCCGGUCCGUGUCGAUCGAGCUGCCCUCGAUGUUGCCGGGUACGUACAGCGUCUUCAUCAGCGUGGCCGGUGAGCGGAACACCGAUGUGCCUAGCAUCGAAGACGUCGUCAAGCGCGAGUGUAAGAAGCGGAUCGAGAACGAGAAGCUGGCGCAGGUCGGGUACGCCUAUGACCUGGCGCACAGCAAGGCGUCGGCGCAUCUCGAGGCCGUCAAGCGGGCGCGCAAGAGGGCCGACCAGAAGAAAGCCAGCGAUGCGCGCCAGAGCGAGCGCCACCGUCUCUGGGACAAGCGGCACCUCAACCGUCAAAUUACUAAGAAGCAGGGCCGUAAGAACAACCAGAAGCUCGAGGCCAAGCAGGCCGCCCGCGAGGAAAAGAAGCGCAAGGCGGAAGAGUCGAAGCCCAAGGACCGGGGCGUGCAGACGGACGACCCGAAAGAGAGGGAGAAGGAGGAGAAGGAGAAGGCUGCCGAGGCCAAGGACGAUGCCAAGAGUGAGGAUAAGAAGGAAGCUAAAGACGACACCACGAAGGUUCCAUCCGAGGCUGCUGACAAGUCAUCUGGAAAGACCGACGAGAAGCUCAAGGAGGCGGAUGAGAAGUCUGAAGACAAACAGAGCGACAAAGCUGAGACGGACAAGGCGAAGACUGAUGCUGAGUCUAAGAAGGAGGAGGAGCCGGCAGCGGCAGGAACUGCGGUUGAAGACUCACCCGAUGGAACGCCGAUUGCCACUCCUGUAGUGACUCCCGUUGUCGAGAAGACCGCAGCACAGAUGUCAGAGAAGUCUACUCCUGCAGAAGCUGCUUCGGAGGACAAGAAGGAGGAGUCAUCUAAGGACGUUUCUGCUGAGGGGCCCAAGGCUGUUGAGAGCAAGUCUGACGAGAAGUCAAAUGAGAAAUCCCAGGAGAAGCCUGACGCUACCGAGGCCGAAAAGCCCGCGUCCUCAGUUAGCUCCGAUAGCUCCAGCAGCGGCUCCCCGACGCCUAAAUCGGACACCUCCUCGACGCCCAGCACCGAGGGCAAAGACAAGGAGAAAGUGCCGGUUCCGCCUGUCAACGACAACGACCCUUCCAAGGUACCCGGCGGACCACCACCGCCACCCUCGCCCACACCUUCCGCCAAGUCCUCGCCCAAGCCGAAGCCCGCGACACCGGCAUCCGCAGAGCCCGACAAGAAACCCGCCAACAUGUACGUCACAUCUGAGGGCGAGUCCAGCGCGUCGCCCAUCUCCGACUGGGAAGAGCUCUACAGCAGCGACGACAUGUCGCGCAAGCCGCGGAUGGCCGCCCCGGCCCCGCCCAACACGGGCGUGGUCGGUAAGUACUACGACGAGACGGAGGACGAGGACGGGCCGGACCCGUGGAACGCGAUUGCCGUCGUCGGCCUGCGGGUGUAUUCCAAGGACGAGGACCUUGAGCUCCGGGUCGUGAUUGAGGGCGGGGAGCUGGAAGAGGACGGGAUGGGGGAGAAGGGAGGGGUGGAUUUGGAUAAUGCGCAGGCGAAUGCGGGCGGGGCGAGGACGAGCAUCAGCAGCGGUAGCAAGGCGGAGAAGAAGGAUGAGGAUGCUGAGGCGUAUGAGGGGGACAGUGAGGUCGAUAAGACGAAGAAGGAGAAGAAAAAGAGACGGGAGAGUAAGGCGUCGAAGACUGGAGGGGACAAGAGCGAAGCGGAGACCGACAAGAACAAAAAGGAAAGCCGUAACGACAAGACGGGCGGCAACGACGACGACGACGACAAAUACAAGACCGAUGACGGGCGGGCGUCCUACCCUGUGAUUGUCCAAAAGGGCAAGGGUGAGGACGAGUAUGAGACUGCUGUCGAGACGAUGCUGGAUUAG